AUGAGCAUCGCAGCUCCCUCCCUGCCGGCGACGGCAUUGUCCAUAUCCACCAAAUUCCUUAGACCAUCAGUAUCUACAUCCCGAACCUGUGAAUUCUUCAAGCGCAAUAAUCACACUCGUACACAUCAUAACACACCUUAUCAAAGGCCUCGUAUACGUCGACCAAGUUUAUCGUCAUCAUGCCUGUAUCGACAACGUUCAGGUCGGUCCUUUUCUUCCACAUCUGCCACCUUUGCGACAAAAGAUCCCUAUGCAACUCUAGGUGUAGGCAAAACUGCCACCGCUCCCGAGAUCAAAAAAGCGUACUAUGCCCUUGCGAAGAAGUACCACCCCGACACGAAUAAAGACCCCAGCGCAAAGGAGAAGUUUACAGACGCACAAGCCGCAUAUGAGUUGUUGAACGAUCCGCAGAAGAAAGCCGCAUUCGAUCAAUUUGGUGCUGCGGCUUUUGACCAGACUGGUGGCUUUAAUCCUGGCGCCGCUGGUGGAGGAAACCCAUUUGCAGGCGCAGGUGGUGGUAAUCCAUUUGCGGGUUUCGGGGGUGGUGGCUUCGGUGCGGACUUCAACUUCGAAGACUUGUUCGGUGCUUUCACAGGACAGACGCGGCGUGGUGGACGUGGAAGAGGUGGUUUUCAGGAAGAGAUAUUAGUGGGCGAGAACAUUGAGGUCCAGACGAAUAUUAGCUUCAUGGAUGCCGCUAAGGGAGUAAGCAAGAACAUUAAUAUCACACCACUCGUGCAGUGUGGAACGUGUAAGGGUGACGGACUAAAGAGCGGGACAACGAGGCAGACUUGUAAGAGAUGUAAUGGCACAGGAACGAGAGUACACGUCAUGCAGCAGGGCUUUCAGAUGGCCAGUACUUGUGAGACUUGUGGUGGACAAGGCGUGACCAUUCCGCGUGGUAGUGAGUGUGGUUCUUGCCACGGCAAUGGUGUUGUGAGGCAGAGAAAGACUGUACAGGUAGACAUACCAGGGGGUGUUGAAGACGGUAUGCGUUUGCGGGUCAGUGGAGAGGGUGAUGCGCCGCCAACCGGUAUGGCUGCAAACCCAAAAUCGAGGAGCCAGCGAGGCGAUCUAUUCGUCUUCAUCCGAGUCGCACCAGAUGCAAGAUUCAGUCGAAGUGGUGCGGAUGUCCUGUACAACGCAAGUAUACCUUUGACAACAGCAAUGCUUGGUGGUGAGGUCACCGUGCCAACACUGGACGGCGAAGUCAAAGUCAAAGUCUCGACUGGAACCGGCACAGGAGAUAAGAUCACGCUGCCUGGAAUGGGCAUGAAGAGACUAGGAGGACGAGGUCCAAGUUCAGGUGACUUGAGAGUCGAGUUCAGAGUCAACAUGCCGAAAUACCUAAGCGCCAAUCAAAGGACUAUUCUCGAGAUGCUAGCCGACGAGAUGGGCGACAAGACUGCGAAAAGGAUAAUGGGUCUGGACAAGAUGCGGCAAGGAGAGAAAAACAAUAAUACUUCAUCCUCACCGUCGUCAUCGAAACCGUCCAGCAAAUCAACAACCUCAAACAAGGCGUCCGACCACAAGAACGAGGGAUUCCUCAAAUCCAUGUGGCACGAAUUGACUCACCAGCAUGACAAUCUCGAGCCAGAUGAGAAGCCUCAGGCAGAAAAGGACAAAGAAAAGAAAGAUGCGGGUGAAGACGAGCCACCGAAGAAGAAGGCUAGUGGGUAA